GCCCGCGAGGCGCAUGCGCGGUGCGGGGCCCGCCGCCGCUCUGGUGUCGUCGCCGCCGCCGUCGCUGCCGUUGCCGCCUCCCUGCCGGCAAGUGUGGGAAGGAGGAGCUGAGGGCCGCCGCCGCCGUUGCCGCCAUGGGGAGGAAGUCAAGCAAAGCAAAGGAGAAGAAGCAGAAGCGGUUGGAGGAACGAGCAGCUAUGGAUGCCGUCUGUGCCAAAGUGGACGCCGCCAACAGGCUUGGAGACCCUUUAGAGGCUUUCCCAGUGUUCAAGAAAUAUGAUCGAAAUGGGUUAAACGUCUCCAUUGAGUGUAAGCGAGUGUCCGGACUGGAACCAGCCACCGUGGCCUGGGCCUUCGACCUGACCAAAACCAACAUGCAGACCAUGUACGAGCAAAGCGAGUGGGGCUGGAAGGACCGAGAGAAACGGGAGGAAAUGACAGACGACCGAGCCUGGUACCUCAUUGCUUGGGAAAGCAGUUCCGUCCCUGUUGCCUUUUCUCACUUCCGGUUUGACGUGGAAUGCGGCGAUGAAGUCCUGUACUGCUAUGAAGUGCAGUUGGAAAGCAAGGUGCGGCGGAAAGGCCUGGGGAAGUUCCUCAUACAGAUCCUGCAGCUCAUGGCCAAUAGCACACAGAUGAAGAAAGUUAUGUUAACUGUAUUUAAACACAAUCAUGGCGCCUACCAGUUCUUCCGAGAAGCACUGCAAUUUGAAAUCGAUGACUCUUCCCCCAGCAUGUCUGGGUGCUGUGGAGAGGACUGCUCCUAUGAGAUCCUGAGCCGGAGGACCAAGUUUGGGGACAGCCAGCACUCCCACGCGGGCGGGCACUGUGGUGGCUGCUGCCACUGAGCUCCCAAGCUAGAAUGCUCUCUCCAAGGCCUGUCUUCUCCCCGGGCUCACGCUGCCGGCCAAGUGCCCUCAGAGCUGUGGCCUCCUCAGCCCUGCACGUGCCAGGCUGCAGCCUGAGAGCACAGAACCCUGGGGAGGAGUGGUCCAAGCUGCCCCUCCUCCUCUCUCCUGGAAGAGCAGAGUGCCCAGAAGGAGCAGAGAGGAGAGGGUGCUGAGGGAGGAGCUGGCGGAGGCCGGGCACGAAGCGUAUCUUCUCAUGGUGGCUGCCUUCUCGCCUGGCCCUUGUGCCCUUGAGCAUGAGGUUCCCCACCUUCUCUGCAGAUGGAUUCCUGACAAGCCCCCUCCCUCCCCCCUGCCACACACACACUUGGACAGAUGAGGUGUUUAUACCCACCUUUAUAAAAGUCCUGGAGCCCCGGGUCAGGGUCUGGCUGGUCCUCAAUGAAGAAUGGAUUCCGUACGAGAUCGGGACGUAGAGAUAGGCUUCAGAGAGACUCACGUUUCAUAGAUGAAUGCUCUGGUGGAGACCGUGGGAAGGCCUUUUGUGCCACGACGCUGGGAAGCAAGGGGCUCUUUCUAGCUGUGCUUUUAUGGGCUCACGGCGGCCGGGGAGGCAUUCCAGGGGACCGGCCCGUCGGAAGGAAGGCCCCAUCCCUCUCUCUGAGGACCAGGAACAAGAAACAAGCCGGAGGUCCUGCCGGUGCCUCUCCAUCGCCCUUCACCACUUGUUCUCCCUCAGCUCACCCCCUUACCCCUUCACCCUGUUCUUACUCUCACAGGGGAGAAUAACGUUAGGGAGCCCCUCCCCUUCCCCCAGAAGGAUCCCUCGUUCCUGGCGUGUUCAGUACUGUCUCCUCUCAGAUCUUGGUGCUGAUUGCUCUCUGAAGGUGGGGCCCCCCCCUCCCGCUUCAGAGAGCCCCCAGCCAGCAGCAGGCCCCUCUGCCUGCGCUCCCCAGCCUUGCCCCUUGCUGCCUCAGUGAGGCCCUGGCGCCACUGCCCUGGCUGGCGGCUUCGGCUGCAGCAGGAAUGCCUCUCGGUGGCCCAAACCGCUGCUCCUCUCUCUGUCCAGUGUCCGCCUUCGGCAGCGGGCUGGAGCAGGGGGAGAAGGCCUUCCUCCUCUCCCGCGGGAUAGAAAGGCUGUGGGUCGGAGCUUCUACUUGCCCUGAUCUCUGGGCCUUGUUCCCCUCCCAGGGAAGGUAAUGACCAAAUUCUUAUCCAGGAAAAAGCCCCGCCGCCUCCCCUUGGACAUCCUUUGGGGAGUGUCUUAAAGGUUCUAGCCUUUGUGAAGUUGCUCUUUGGAGGUCUGUUCUGACCUCAGCGUCUGCCCCUACCCCACCCUCUGCCCUGACUCAGGUGGUCUAUGCUGGCGGGUCUCCCUGGAGCUGUUCUUGCCUCUCCCCUACUUUCCUGCUUGUGCAGGGGCCUGUCGCACGGCCUCCUUCACCCACCCGGCCCUCCUGAGUGCUCCGUGUUGCUCUUGACCCCGCCAGCAGCCGACGUGGCACUCCGUUGGAGAGGGCCUUGCAGCUUUACACUGGAACAAGCCCCCCUCUGCCCCCGCCUUCUGGCUUGGGGAGGGGGGGGUGGAUUUUACAUGGGCGGGGGUGGGGGGGAGAAAUUUGAAUUGAAUUGCUGGGAGGGCAUUGGUGGGCUCCCUCCAAGAAUCAUGGAAUGACAGAAGCAUGUUUAGGAAUUUUUUUCCUCUGAUCCUUAUCUCUCGACACAGAAUGGAUAGAUAUUUAUUGUCUUAGAUCAUGGAUUUCUGAUACCUCCCAUUCAAGGGGAUCAAAAGGAACCCCACUGUAAAUCCUUCAUGAGGUGAGUUCAGUGUAUGUCGUCUCUUUCCAUUCAUCGGACACCUGUCACUGAGCCCACUGGCAGAUGGGGUGCCUCGUGUGCCGCACCCUGGUCCUCCUGCCUCUGCCGGUCACUUCCUGCAGGGCUGCUGGGGGUGGGGGCGGGGGUCAGGGCUGGGGCGGGAGAGGCACUGCUUGAGGCCAGUAGGCCACUCUCUGUUGUUGGUGUUGAGCCCAUUCAGUUCUCACUUCCCCGGGUCUUGGUUUUGAGAAACAGGGCAGGCCUUUUGUUCCCGGCUUUUUUGUGUGUUUGUUUGGGGCAUGUUAAAAUAUUUUUUAAGACUUUUUUUUUUUUUUUUUUUUUUAGUUGUAUCCACCCUAUUUCAGAUUCUUUUUGUUGAUGUCAAAAAUGUGUAUAUGACAUGCCUAUGGUUCUUUUUAACCCUUUCUGGUUUUGUUUUUUAGAGGAAACUGAAAAUAAAGUCCUUCUUGAUAUAUAUUUUUUUCUUUAGCAACUUGUUAUCACUGGAAUCAAAGGGAAAAGUGAUCUCUUUUUGCAUUGGUUGUAUUUGUAUGUCACAAAUAAAAGACACUUUGUUCAGCUGC